CGUCACGCGCGCGGCCACGACCGUGAUACGUUGGGUCGUGGCACGUCAGGAUGGGUAGAUACCCGGUGUGGCCUGGACGCUCCACGAGUUGCACAUCCACACAGUUCAUUCUUCAUGGUCGGCUGACUUUUGCGUAUAUGCGAAUGCUUGGACGAUUAACGAUCGUACCUUGGUUGCGCUCGUUAAGCGACAGUUUCUUCUCCCUUCGAGAUGAACCAACCAACUGUAGCGACCAGGCAGCUAGUGGAAGAAGAAGAAGAAGAAGAAGAAGAAGAAGAAGAAUACGACGACGACUACGACGACGACGAAGACGAAGAAGAAGAAAAAGAAGAGAGGAAUGAGAAAAAGAAGAAGGAGGAGGAGGUGGAGAAGAAGAUGAAACUGGUACACUCAAGAUCAUCCCUUCGGUCGAAGACGAAUGAUCCGGACUCUGAGCUGGAUACAUUAUCGCUAUGUGUACGAGGCGAGGGAGCUGCAGCACGAGCACCGGAGCGACACUUUCGUAGAAUCGUGGAUCGAGUACGUGACGACGAUGGCGAUCUGGAAGAGGUCCUCGAGAGCCAAGGUCGUACGACUAAUAAUAACCUGAGUGACAACUGGUGAAAUUGGCGACGCGUGAUCAACGUUGCUUCAUACCUGUCGAUCAUCUACGAUCGCUAGUUGCUUGCGAAAGAAGUUGAAAGA